GAUUUAACUCGCUUGUACGUUCAAUGUUUAGGUCGCAUACAGUGCUGGAUUUGGGGCAGUAAGUGUGGUGCCUGAUUGUACGAACUGUACCACUGUGGACGAUGCUUUCGCUCCACUCGACUAUGACUACGCCAAUCUGACUUGGCUGGCGAAUGUGAGCUAUCCCGAGUAUACGGCGCUGGAACUGGCUACAGUGACGAUGCAACCGAUAGUGAGCAAUGUUACGAUGCUCCCUGUUGCCGUCCCAAUAUCUUUAAUAGUGACUACACCCAACGCGGUUCAGGCUCAACCGGUUGUAUCGCAAAGUCCUAGCAUUGUGGACACAGCGGUCAUUAGACCGUUGCCCGUUCCUACCGACGUUAGCGUUAGCACGGAAAGCACAGCAGUUUCCUCCACCACUGUGGCCAGUGUACCAUCCCGUACAAAGCGACGUGUGAAAAAGACACGCUCUACGACCAAAGCUACUACUACCACCACCACCACCACCACCACCACUACUACCACGACAACGACCACUCCACCUCCGAGACGUAAGAAAACGAAAAAGUCCAAACGUGGUCGAAAUAUGAAGGAAACGAGCACGGAGCGUACGACGGGUAAACCAUCGCGCCAAUCCACCAAACGCAACACUACAACGUCCCGGACUACCACCAGCACCACCACCACCAAUCCACCGGCCAAGGAGCGCAAAAGGGUGUAGGAAUGGAACAAAUGGUUAAACCCCGCCAGGAGGCUGCCACGAUUACCAUACAUUACCGUAAGUAUGGCUAUGGCGGCAAUAUGAAAGGGAAAAAUAAAAUUGCCUUAAUCCGUUA